GCUGAGACUGGAGGAAGGAUUAAAGUGGUGGGGGAAGCGGCAAGACCGAGGGGUCCCUACCCCACGCGGCUUGGGAGGAUGGCCUCCCACUCGAAUGUUAGGGCUCCUUGUCCACACUCCAGGUCAGUCUCCCGCGAUCCCCAUCUCAUGGACGUGUAUGAUACGGGACAGCUAAAGGCUUCGAGGGAAACACACAACCGGGUUCGGUUUUAAACCCUCCUCUCCUCCGCGAAUCAGCCUUCUAGGCAGAGGGUUGGCUGCUAGAACGCCUGGAGGUGCUUCCCUUGAAUUCACAGCAAACAUCAGAGGAACGUUUUCGGGUUGUUUGCUUACUUCCAGGGGAGUACGGAGAAAAGGAAGAAAAGCGGCCUCCCGGAGGGAUAAGGGCCUCUGUGCCCACGAGGGGUCGGGCAUCGCAGCGGACUUGCCCGAUUUCAUCUAGCAUUCGAUUCCCCGCCAGGAGAUGCGCUUGGUGCAAACACUCUUAGAAGCGUACCCACCGAAGGCUCUGGAACAGCCCCGCUUCGCAUAGAGCUAUUGUGCUGUCCUGCUCCCAGUGUAUCUACCUGUUUUGGUUUUUGUUUAUUUGCUGAUGGGCAGGGGGGAGGGCGAGGGGGAGGGCCUUCCUUGUGCACAUAUAGCGAUAGUCUGCACUAGGCCAAACCGGCUACUCCUGGGAGAAUGGGAACACACAAAUAAUCUAAACGAAGUUUUCUGCUGUCAUCUUGUGCAAGGACCCUCUCCCCCAAGACAUCUAUGACUGGGGUCUGUAGGUUAAGGGGUGAAAAGUGGCCCUAUCCCAUAACCAUAACUAAAUCACAGAAUCCUUGGGGAUCUGAAUUGAGUGGCUGGCUCCAGACUUCCGUUUGCUUCCAGUGGCUGCUGGGAGAGAGGGAAGAGAUAACUUUGGGGGCGCUAAUGUGGCUUCUGCGUCUGCUCCUUGAAAGUUUAUACCUGGCGCUUAGCAAAUUCUUUCCGGGAACACGUAUGUCCCUGACCUUUCAGGAUAUUGUUUAAUAUUAAAACAUGGAGAGGAGGAUCGAAAAGUAAAAUUUGCCUGCCAGAAAAAAAAAAGAGGGGGGGGUUGUCAUCCUUGGGCCGGCAGAUCUCCACAAACAUUUUCUCCCAAAGCAACAAAAGAUUAAAAAAAUACGUUUUAAAAGGAAAUUAAGAAAAGAGCCUAACUUUCCCAAACCAACAUCACUCCAAUCCCCUAUCCUAAACUCCACCCAGGUCUGUGGUGCACCCCCAACACUCCCGUAGGUUCGGGUUCUCCCAGAGCUGAGUUUCUGCAGCCAAACGUCGGGAUAAAAGCAGCCUUGUGCUUGGAAAAACGCGGCCACAGCAGGACUGAAGGGAGGAGAAGAGAGAGAAGGGGAGCGGCCACCUCACUCCCUUACAUGGACCCCCACCCUCACUCUCGCUGGUCCUCCCCUUCUCCGCCCCGCGAGCACGCCGCGUUCCGGAGCGCUGCAGUCUCCCGCUGCAGGCUCGGGUAGUGGAGAGGACUUGGAGGAGGGGGCCGUGAGCGCCCCCGCGAGCGUGGCCUGGCUGCAGGUGGCAAGGAAGGUGAAGUGCAGGGACCUGAGGGGAGCAAAGGAGGAGGAAGGCGUGGGGCGGGGAGUGCAAGGAGACCGGGACCCCAGGGGUGGGGGUGGCGGUGGGAAGGAGGAGGGGUUGGAGGAGGGCGGCGGAGGAGGUGCUGGGUCCGGCCAGCGCGCGAGGGAACUGCAGACGAGCUGGUUCAGACCUUAAACAGAGCUCUCGCCCGCUCCUUGCAGCCGCCGCUGCGCCUUAGCAAGGGAGGACGUGCCGACUCGGCUGCGCGCCCUAAGCAGCGGCCCGCAUUGGGGGUUGGCUGGGCUCGAGCCGGGAGGCCGAGCUGUGAGCGCCGAGGGAGCUGGAGAGACGGCUGCGGCACCUCCAGCCGCUCCGGGGCACACCCAACCGCUGGGGCUCCGGGACCAAGGGUCGCGCCGCCCGGAGGCCGCCCCUGAGAGUGCCUCGCAACCCUGCCGUCCAGAGCUCCCUGGACCGCUCCCGCCUCCAGCCAGUCAACUCAUCCGGGAGCCUGGAGCAUGAACGGCUACGGCUCCCCCUACCUGUACAUGGGCGGCCCGGUGUCGCAGCCGCCGCGGGCGCCCCUGCAGCGCACGCCCAAGUGCGCGCGCUGCCGCAACCACGGCGUGCUCUCCUGGCUCAAGGGCCACAAGCGCUACUGCCGCUUCAAGGACUGCACCUGCGAGAAGUGCAUCCUCAUCAUCGAGCGGCAGAGGGUCAUGGCGGCGCAGGUGGCGCUGCGCCGGCAGCAAGCCAACGAGAGCCUGGAGAGCCUCAUCCCCGACUCGCUGCGCGCACUGCCCGGGCCCCCGCCGCCCGGGGACGCCGCCGCCGCCCCGCAGCCGCCACCGGCCUCUCAGCCGUCUCAGCCGCCGCCGCCGCCGCCGCGCCCUGCUGCCGAGUUGGCCGCGGCCGCGGCUCUGCGCUGGACCUCCGAGCCGCAGCCCGGGGCUCUGCAGGCGCAGCUCGCCAAGCCAGAUUUGGCUGAAGAACGACUUGGAGAUGGCAGCUCAGCAGACAAUACAGAGGUCUUCAGCGACAAAGACACUGACCAGAGGAGUUCCCCAGAUGUGACAAAGAAUAAGGGCUGCUUCACCCCUGAGAGCCCUGAGAUAGUGUCUGUGGAUGAAGGGGGGUAUGCUGUCCAGAAAAAUGGAGGCAACCCUGAGAGCCACCCUGACAGCCCCAAGUACCACGCGGAGCAGAAUCACCUCCUGAUUGAGGGCCCCUCGGGGACUGUUUCUCUGCCCUUCAGCUUGAAAGCCAACAGACCACCACUCGAAGUGUUAAAAAAGAUAUUCCCCAAUCAGAAGCCAACAGUGCUUGAGCUCAUCCUCAAGGGCUGUGGCGGGGACUUGGUGAGUGCCGUGGAAGUCCUGCUCUCCAGCCGAUCCUCAGUCACGGGAGCAGAGCGAACUUCCGCAGAACCCGAGAGUCUAGUGUUGCCCUCCAAUGGGCACAUCUUUGAACACACCUUGAGCUCCUACCCCAUCUCGUCUUCCAAAUGGUCUGUGGGAUCAGCCUUUCGAGUCCCAGACACGUUGAGGUUUUCUGCCGACUCUAGUAAUGUUGUCCCCAAUCCCUUGGCCGUGCCUCUGCAGCACCCUUUCCCCCAGCCACCCCGGUACCCGCUGAUGCUGAGGAAUACUUUGGCGAGAAACCAGUCGAGCCCCUUUUUGCCCAAUGAUGUCACCCUGUGGAACACCAUGACGCUGCAGCAGCAGUAUCAGUUGAGGUCCCAGUAUGUUAGUCCUUUCCCCAGUAACACUACCAGCGUCUUCAGAAGCUCACCAGUCCUUCCUGCCCGUGCCACUGAAGACCCUCGGAUUUCCAUCCCUGAUGAUGGGUGUCCAAUUGUGUCAAAGCAGUCCAUGUACACCGAGGACGACUAUGACGAGAGGUCUGACUCCUCGGACUCGAGAAUACUCAACACAUCAUCUUAAAGUGGUGCUGGAUGGGUGGCGGCCAGGUGACGUUUUCUGUGCAUUUUGACCCUGAGGCAUCUGAGGAGAGGCCACAUCUUGUGUAUGUCCUUUCCUUCUGUUUGACAAAGUGACUGUGCUUGAUUCUAUACAUUAGCAAUAAAAACAUAACUUAUUUAACUUCUUGCACUUCACUGGAAAAUGCCAAAUAGCUCUGCUCUGUGGCUUUAGUGCUGAAUGUUUAUUGUAAAAGAGAGUCUAAUGUUAAGAAUAGUCUUGGGAAGGCUGGGUCCAUGGAACAUUUAUUUGGGGAUGUAAAGCUGAAGGUCAGCCUUGCACCUAAACCCAACCUGGAAUGUUAAAUGAAAUUAUAUACUUGAAUGCAAUUUUGUAAAAGUGGAUUCCUCAGGAUAUGUGAAACCUAAAGGAAGUGGUUCGGUUGCAAAUGGACUAUAAACAGGGACAUUAUAUUCUUAUGCUAAAAAUCCUUGCAUUUUAAAGAGAGAUGCACUUAAGAAUAGAGUGAACUGCCUCAUAUGCUUAUUUAGGCUUGGACAGUUUUCAGAGACAAACUCCAUUAAGAAUUACUCCUUUCACAUGGCUGAAUCGAAAUAUGUGUAAUGUCAAUGUAAAACCAAUCACAGCUGUGAACUGCAUGAAAUGUAUUGUGAAACGAACACAAGAUUAAGCUUUGUCGGGUUAAUAUAGCAUGCUAAGGACUCUAGAAAAAAAAUAAAUAAGGAGAUGA